GUGCUGGGAUUACAGGCAUGAGCCACCGCGCCUGGCCAGGAUUAUUUUUGUUCAAGCGUUAGAUACGGCUGGAGAGUAAUGAGACAGAAGGAAUGUCUCAUAUUGUUUUGACUCUGACAAUUCCUAAAGAAAUGUGAUAGAAAGAUUUUUAACAAAAGAAAUUGCAUUUACUCUCUUUUCCAGGGUGACUUGAAGAGGGCAAAAUUCAGUUGGGUAUAUAAAUUCUGGAAUGUUCAUUAAGAAAAUUAGUUAAUAGUACAGCCAUGCCCUACAAAUGUCAUCCGAAGGCACUUCAUUCAAGAACUUCAGGUGUCAGUGCCUGGAGUUCUGGAGCUUAAACAUUGAGUUGAUAUCUUGAUAACCGUUGGGGAUUGGUUCCAGGACACCUGCUUGGAUACCAAAGUCCACAGAUGCCCAAGCCUUUUGUAUAAAAUGAUGUAGUAUUUGCAUAUAACAUAUGCACAUCCUCCCAUAUACCUUAAAUCAUCUUUAGAUUACUUAUGGUACUGAAUACAAUGUAAGUGCUACGUAAAUAGUUGUUAUGCUGAUUAGGGAAUAACGAGAAGGAAAAAAAGUAUACAUAUUGAGUGAAUAUAUCAGAAUAACGGCUUUUAGUUUUCCUGAAGCAUGCUUCAAAAGCUGAUUAUACAGUUAUCUUUUUUCCCCCCGAACAUUUUUGAUCCAUAGUUGGUUGAAUCCACAGUUGGGGAACACACAGAUACAGAAGACCUACUGUAUGUCCAGCUUCUACUAUAUAAAAGAUUCAGCAUUGGAAUUUUGUAUACAGGAUUUGAUUAUCUCACUUUCUAUACAGUUUUUCUUUGUGAUCCAUAGACAGGAAAACAAAGGCCAAAUUGAAACUAAGGGAUGAGGAGGUCUGUGUGGAAAAACACUUGGUUACAACUGGAGAGUUAACUGCAAAAACCAAGCAGCUUCAUGUGACUGUUAGAAGAAAUUUCUCCUUUGUAGCCUAGAGUGAGCUGUAUUUUCAAAAUUUAAUAUGCAUAUUAAUCAUUUGGGGAUCUUUUAUUGAUGAUUUUCAUGUGGGGAUCUUUUAAAAAUGCAGAUUCUGAUUCGGUAAGUCUGGAGUACAUCCUGAGCUUCUGCAUGCUUCAAAAGCCGAUUAUGUUUUGAGAACAUGGAUCUAGAAGAUGCUAGUAUUGAGUUGGGAGACAAGUACCACUGCCUGAAACAGUCAUCGUAAAUUUAGCCAACAAGGAGGGUAAACACAUCCGGACAGGGAAGGUAUGCUGAAGAUAUUCCUGCGGAAUCAUCCCAGGUGCCACAUUACAAGAAUGAUUCAGUUGACAGCUACCCCUGUGAGUGCACUUGUUGAUGAGCCAGUGCGUAUCCGAGCUACAGGUCUGACUCCCUUUCAGGUGGUGAGUUUUAACGCGUCACUGGAAGAUGAAAAGAGAAACGUGUUUUAUUCUCAAGCCCACUAUAGGGCCAAUGAAUUUGGUGAGGUGGACCUGGAGCAUGCUUCUUCACUUGGAGGGGAUUAUGUGGGAGUCCACCCCAUGGGUCUCUUCUGGUCCCUAAAACCUGAAAAACCAUUAAAAAGACUGUUGAAAAGAGAUGUGAUGAAUAGCCCCUUUCAGGUCCAAUUAAAACUUUAUGACUCAGUGUUACUACCGAACAAUAAACCUACCAGUGCUCCAAAGGCCAGCCUGACUUUGAAGAGGUGGUAUGUGGCACCUGGUGUCACACGAAUUCAGGUUCGAGAAGGCCGCCUUCGAGGAACUCUCUUUCUCCCUUCAGGAGAGGGUCAGUUCCCAGGGGUAAUUGAUUUGUUUGGUGGUUUGGGUGGGCUGGUGGAAAUUCGGGCCAGUCUGCUAGCCAGUCGUGGCUUUGCCUCCUUGGCCUUGGCUUACCAUAACUAUGAAGACCUGCCCUCCAAUCCAGAAGUAACAGAUUUGGAAUAUUUCGAGGAGGCUGCCAACUUUCUCCUGAGACAUCCUAAGGUCUUCAGCUCAGGCAUAGGGGUAGUCUCUGUAUGUAAAGGAGCAGCAAUUGGACUGUCUAUGGCGAUUCAUCUAAAACAAGUCACAGCUGCGGUACUUAUUAAUGGGACCAGCUUUAGUUUUGACGUUCCACAGGUAUAUCGUGGUCAGAUCUAUCCGCCCCUUCCCUAUUCUCCACAAUUAAUAUCCACCAAUGCCUUGGGGUUAGUAGAGUUCCAUCAGAUUUUUAAGGAAACUCAGGUUGGGGCCAGUCAAUAUUUUUUUCCCAUUGAAGAGGCCCAGGGGCAUCUCCUCUUCAUUGUGGGAGAAGAUGAUAAGAAUCUCAACAGCAAAGCACACGCUGAACAAGCCAUAGGACAGCUGAAGAGACACAGGAAGAACAACUGGACCCUGCUAUCUUACCCUGGGGCAGGCCACCUGAUAGAGCCUCCCUAUUCCCCUCUGUGCUGUGCCUCAAUCAUGCAUGAUUUGAAGAUGUACUGGGGAGGAGAGGUGAUCCCACAUGCAGCUGCACAGGAACAUUCUUGGAAAGAGAUCCAGAAGUUUCUCAGGAAGCACCUCAUUCCAGAUGUGACCAGUCAACUCUAAGACUAGAUAUUCCUAGAAAAUAAAGAAGCAAAUCUCUACCAGAACCUUCUCUCAAUUUUCAUGGAGGAAUGUCCUCCCCCCAACACAGACAUUUUUAAAUUAAUUUUAAUGAUUAAAAAGAGCACAGGGUAAAAACCCGAUAUUUCACUUAUACUGCAUAACAAGCUAACCAAAUUGGACAUGGUGGAUAAAUCAUAA